AUGGCCGAUCGUAAACCAUCCGUUUCCACCUCUAGGACUACGGCUGGCAAUGGCGCCGCUGGGGAUACCUCAACAGGUACCACAAAUACCCAAACGACGACUGCUAUAAACACGCGCUCUACAUCUCCUUAUGGAACCCGCUCCCGUGGUAGAGGGGCACGUAUAAAUUAUGCCGAGGACAAGGACAAUGACAUGGACUAUGAAUUCACCUCUACCCCUUCGACGUCAUCUAGUAAAUCUGCCGCCGCCGCCGAGCCAGCACCCUCGACGAGUGUGUCGCGGAGAGCAUCAGCAGUUGGAGCUGGGGCGAAGGACAAGGAGGCUGUUAAGGAGAAUAUUGCGACGGUAGUCGCUGCUACAACCGCAUCCGGAUCAAAAAAGAGAAAGAGCGCCCAUCCGGCGCCCAUUAUGCCAAAGGAUAUGACACUUUCAAAUAUGAUGAGCUUUCAGAACCCCCGUCUCAAAGAUGGGAGCUUGAUCGCGGACGAUGGUACUUCGCUCGCUGUAAACGGUAUAGUUCUUGCAACUCCUCUUCUCACGAGCUCCUGUGAAAUCCGGACAUCUACAGAGCUUAGCGAGGCACCCGAAUUCUUGUUCUUAUUCUUUUAUUUUUUCACUCCUGCCCGUUCGUCAAUGUAAAUUGGGGGGUAAAUUGUUGACGCUAACAGUAACAUCUCUCUAGACCAUAUUUAUCUCGUAUGCGAGCCUCCUGGGGAGCCCUAUUAUCUUGCCCGAAUUAUGGAAUUUCUUCAUGCAAACAAUAAUCCAUCACUGUCUAUAGAUUCAAUACGGGUCAAUUGGUAUUAUCGACCAAAGGAUAUUCAGCGAAAGGUUACCGACACGCGCGUGCUCUUCGCGUCCAUGCACUCUGAUUGUUGCCCACUCGCUUCCAUUCGUGGCAAAUGUUUCAUUUCACAUAGAUCGGAGAUUAAAGAUGUUGACGAAUACCGGAAGCAGCGAGAUAGCUUUUACUUUGAAAAGAUGUUCGAUCGCUAUAUUCACCGAUACUACGACGUUAUCCCUACGACAAUGGUUCGUAAUGUUCCGGAAAAGGUCCGAAAAGUGUUGGUUGAAAGGUGGAAGUAUUUGCUGGUUGAGCCGCAGCGAGCAAAGGAAUUAUGCAGCCAAAUGAAGGAAUGCAAGAGGUGUUCGGGCUACUGUGCAACGUACGAAAUUCUCGAGAAGAACCCUUUCAUUUUUUCAGAUGUUUUUCUUUUCUUUUUCGCUCCCCCCCCCCUCCCCCCCACCAUCUUCUGUGUAUUUUAGGGUUGCUAAUGUGAUGGCUUGUAGGACCGAUUCCGUACAUUGUGCAGUUUGUGGUCACACAUACCAUAUGAAUUGUGUUCGCCCUCCAUUGCUCAAGAAGCCGAGUAGAGGGUUCGCUUGGGCGUGUGGACCUUGUAACCAAGCCCAGGAACGCAAACUUGAGGCACGCAACACGCCCAAUCUGACGCUUGGGAUGGGGAAUAGUAACGACCUUGAAGACGAUGUUUUUGACGAUGAGGAGGAGGACUUAUCGCCGAGGGCUGUCCCUUCUGACACCGCGACCCCUUCCGAAGCAGCCGAUCAUGAUAAACAACCCACACCAGAGCAAUUAGCAUGGGCGAGAAUGUGGCCUAUGAGAUAUCUUGGCCAGCAUUGCCGUGUCGAAGACGCCUUGGAUUAUGAUGAUCGCAUAUAUCCUCGAGCGGCCUCGCGGAUAGGGCCCAGGCACCAAGCGAAUGUCAAUCCUUGGCAUGGGCGACCUGUCGAGUAUGUGAAGCCUAUCGAGAAGAGAAAACCUCAAAAGGGUGGCAGCAAGAGCGCUAAAAACGCCGCGGCAGCAGCGGCGGAGGCCGAAGCGGCAGCGGAGAGAGAACGGCGUCCAAAAUGGGUGAUGGACGAACCCGUGGGAUAUAUUCGGCGAGGCGAGGAUGACGGCUCAACCUCCGCUUUGCUCUUUAAAAUGCCCGAUUUGCCGGAGGAGGAGGAAGGAGAGGAGGCAGAAAAAAAGCGAGUAGAACAUGGGGAAUCCAUUGACCGUUUUAUGUCAGAUGCGUCCAAGAUCGCCGAGACCCUACCUGGUGGGGGUGUUAAAGAAUGGACCGUCAAUUUUCAGGAUAAAGCAAUCGAGCUUCUCUAUGCCAACAACUUUGAUGAAAGGAGAGCCUUAGCUCAGCUCGGCAAAAUGCAUGUUAUGAGAGAUCUCAAGGAGCCUAGAUUUAAGCCCGAUGAGCAUAAGCGGUUUGAGGAAGGCGUAGCGAAAUUUGGAAGCGAACUUCAUGCUGUCACCAAGAAUGUCAAGACAAGGAAAACGGCGGAGAUCGUGAGAUACUACUAUACGUGGAAGAAAACCGCCAAAGGCCGUGAGAUAUGGGGCAAUUUCGAGGGACGAAAAGGAAAAAAAGAGGUUAAGGUUAGGGACAAGGAGCACGGAGCGAAAUUGGUGGACGAUGUUGCCGAUGAUGAUGACGACUCCGCCUUUGAUAAUAACAAAGCUGGCGAAAGGAAACGGGGGUUUCAAUGCAAAUUUUGUAACACGCGUGAGAGCAGGCAGUGGAGACGUGCACCCGGUGUACAACCUGGAACACUGAUUCCUGCGGAUAAAGCCACCGCAAGCUCGAAGAAGAGGGGUGGAGAGGAGAGAUGGCUCGUCAGUGCACUUUGUAGACGGUGCGCAGAGCUCUGGAGAAAAUAUGGUAUACAGUGGGAGGAGCCCGAAGAAAUUCAAAAAAAGAUCAACCAAGGAGGUGGCAGAGCGUGGAAGAGAAGGAUAGAUGAGGAGAUGCUAAAGGAAAUGACUGCCGCGCUAGCAGAUGAGAGGGCGGAAGCCGCUGCGCUUGCUGCCGCCUCAGCCCUUGCGACACCUACUCCGCCAGUAUUAAACGGCACUCCUGCUGAUGCACAAGACGAAAAGAGGGAGCCAGCCCGGAAAAAACAGAAAACAGAGGUUAAUGGCUCGUCAAAGAAAGGAAAGGAGAGGGCUGAGAGGAAGGAGCCACCGCCUCCUCCACCGGAGCCGCCAAAGCCAAAACUGUUACCGUGCGGGAUCUGUGAGGAGUUGGAGCCCCUGGGGGACCAGCACUUGGUGUGUCGGGACUGCAAAAUGUCUGUACACAAGGCGUGCUAUGGCGUCGGCGAGCAGCGUGGAGCGAACAAAUGGGUUUGCGAUAUGUGCGCUAAUGACAAGAACCCAACCGUUUCCACUGUAAGUCUCCCUACUCCACAUUCGAGAAAGUGUACUCACGGGUUACAGAACUACGAGUGCGUUCUGUGUCCCUGUCAUGGUUUCACCGAUCAUGAGGACGGCGGCGUUGGUACUAGCGAUAAGGACCUUGCGUCUAAAGGUCCAGGCAGGAAAAAGAUUCCAGGGGAGAAGGAUAAGCCGAUCAUCAAUAAUCACGGCUCACAUGAGGAUGGCCGUAAGGUUAAGGAGAUCGAUAAGCGUCGGCCAAAACACCCUCGUGAACCACUGAAGAAGACGUCGGGGAAUAAUUGGGCCCAUGUUGUAUGCGCUAUCUGGACCCCCGAGACAAAAUUCGCAGAGGCAAAGACCAUGAAGAUUGUUGAAGGCAUUGGCACUAUCCCCGUAGCGAGAUGGUCACAAACCUGCAAGAUUUGUGAGAGCGAUGGGGGUGCUUGCGUUGGAUGUCAUGUGUGCCACGAGAGCGGUAAGUGUCCACAGCCGCCUUAUACUUUUUGCAAGUUUUGCUAAUGUAACAUGUUCACAGUUCAUGUCGGUUGUGCGCAUAAGGCGGGAUGGCCAAUGGGAUUUGAUAUCCAGCCGGUGAAAGGCUCCAAGAAAGAUCAAGCAAACAUCGUCAAGCUUGGCAACGAAACCGGAAGUAUGACCGCUGCUAUCUGGUGUCCGGAACACGACCCGAAAACGACCAGACAUGCGCUCAACGAGAUAUCUGAGGAGACCGGACAGGUAAGCCUCAGGGUAGGGCGUUUCGGAAAAAGACUAUAUUAACAGUUGUUUUGCAGAACGCCUUACAGCUAUAUACUACGACAUAUAAACAAGCGGAUCUAACGCUUACGGGAACGGUUCGUAAGGCGAACCUGAUGACGAUAUCCACCAAGGCUUCGCAGUCGCACAGGAGAAAUAGUGCAGGGGGGGCAUCCGCAAAUAAUAUGGCCAAUGGUAAAGAGUUGGCUUGUUCGCCCACAACUGUGUACAUCAAGAUGGAGGGGGCGGAGGACAAGGUUGGAGGAAUUGAGGGGCUUCUUGAUGAUCACGUAGGUGGCGAUGAGCCCAAGCGCUGCUUCAGGUGCCAAACGGAUGUCAGCCCACUCUGGCGGAAGGUUCCUAUGGAUACACCAAGCCCAACAGAAAAUACUACACAUCUGACCAAUGGGACGCCACAACCUGCUACCAAUGGGGUGCUGACCAAUGGAGAUGCAUCUUCGCGUUCGUGCACCGUUGGGCUACUCUGUCAUCGCUGCCAAAACAAGGAUCAGGAGCCGGGGCAAUCGCAGCAUUCUCCCCCAUUUUCAGCAACGAACGGGCAUCAGCGGAGCAGGUAUGCGCCACUUCCACCAUUAUCCACAUUCCUAGCGUCUCAACAGGCGGUCGCGCCACCCCCACCACCGCCUCCAGUGUUGAUCCAGGGUACCGGGCCGUCUGGGGUACCGCAACCAAUGCCUCUCCAGAUGGCUCCCCAGUUAGUGACU